AGUACAGAUUGAAAACGUUGAUUUGGUGAUCAAUAGCGAUUGGCCCCACUCUUCACGUUAUACCGUCAGGUUUAAAGCUCUCGCGGACGGCUGGAGGACUUCUGUUUUGGUGCGAAACGCGGCAAAUUCAGGGGUAGUGUACAAAUUUCGAAAAAGUGAAUUAUCAGUGAUUAUUAAUUUGGAUAACGCUAUACAAACUAAAAAAUGGAAGCUAAUCAGUUUAGGGAGUUCGGAAAGGAGAUGAUUGACUAUGUCGCAAACUACCUCGAGAAUAUAAGAGAUCGGAGGGUUUUACCUACUGUUGAACCGGGUUAUUUGAGACCGCUAAUACCAGAAACAGCGCCAGAAAAACCAGAAAAAUGGGAAGAUAUUAUGAAAGAUCUGGAAAGGGUUAUUAUGCCUGGGGUGACACAUUGGCAUUCACCUAGAUUUCAUGCUUAUUAUCCCACCGGCAAUUCUUAUCCUGCAAUUGUUGCCGACAUACUCAGCGGCGCAAUCGCCUGCAUAGGUUUCAGUUGGAUCGCUAGUCCAGCAUGUACAGAAUUAGAAGUUGUUAUGUUAGAUUGGUUGGGAAAAAUGUUAGGUCUUCCCGAAGAUUUUCUAGCUUGUUCGGGAGGUAAAGGAGGCGGCGUCAUUCAGGGAACGGCUAGCGAAGCCACUUUAGUAGCGCUUCUCGGCGCCAAAGCACGUACCAUGGAUAUUAUUAAAAAAGAAAAUCCCGAAAUGUCUGAUGCGGAAAUUGUCGGAAAGUUAGUUGGAUAUACCUCUAGUCAAAGUCAUUCGUCUGUAGAGCGUGCUGGUCUUUUGGGGGGCAUCAAAAUGCGUGCCCUGCAACCAGAUGAAUACAACAAACUUACCGGACCAACUUUGGAGAAAGCCAUCCAGGAUGAUUUGGAAGCUGGACUCAUACCUUUCUACGCUGUAGCAACUUUGGGCACAACAUCUUCAUGUACCUUCGACAGAUUAGACGAAAUCGGUCCCGUUUGCAACAAAUAUAACGUCUGGCUCCACGUCGACGCAGCGUAUGCGGGAUCAGCUUUCAUCUGCCCGGAAUACAGAUAUCUAAUGAAAGGAAUCGAACGCGCUGAUUCCUUCAAUUUCAAUCCUCACAAAUGGAUGUUGGUGAACUUUGAUUGCUCGGCGAUGUGGUUGAAAGAUCCAACUUGGUUGGUGAACGCUUUCAACGUCGAUCCUCUAUAUUUAAAACACGACCAACAAGGCUCAGCUCCCGAUUAUAGACACUGGCAGAUACCGUUAGGAAGAAGGUUCAGAUCUUUGAAAUUAUGGUUCGUCUUGAGGUUAUAUGGUAUAGAAAAUAUCCAAGCUCACAUUAGGAAACAAAUAGGAUUAGCACACCAUUUCGAAUCUUUAGUUAAAGCGGAUGGUAGAUUCGAAAUCACGCAGGAAGUCACUAUGGGAUUGGUUUGUUUUAGAUUGAAAGGUUCUAAUGAAAUCAACGAGGCUUUAUUGAAACGGAUCAACGGUAGAGGGCUCAUACAUUUGGUCCCUUCUAAAAUUAAAGACACCUAUUUUCUGAGGAUGGUUGUUUGUUCUAGAAUGACCGAAAAAUCCGAUAUAGAAGGAUCUUGGAAAGAAAUCAAAGAAGCUGCCAAUGAAAUACUAACUAAGAAAGAAUAAUUUUUGGUUUUCAUUUUAUAUUCAUUUAAAUUUCGUGUUGUUUGUGUGUCUAUUUAUAUUCGAUAUAUUCAGUUGUUAUGUCAAAUAUUGAUUUGAUAUUAAGGAGGUUCAAGCGUCUACUAAUUAAAUUUCGCGCGCUCAAACACUCAAACAAUAUGGCCGACUGACGCCAUUUGAAAAAUUUCUUACCAAUCAAAUUUAUAUAAUCAUAUAUCUAUGCUUCUAAAUGUUCUUAAUUUUAAGUCUCUUAUGUUUCAAAAUUCUGAUUUAAUUUGUAAUUAAAGGAUUUAAUUAUGUGUUCUAUAAGAACUCAUGUUGAAGAAGCGAACUUUGAUUUCUUUAAAUUUGGAUCGAUAGCUUAUAUAAAGAAGGUUAACAUUGGAUUCGUCUUAUUCUACACUAUCAAAAAACAGAUAUUUUUCAUAAAUUUCGCGCGGAGCCCCCUUAAUAUACUUCAAGGAACGAAUUAUUCAAAAAUGUCGAAAGAUGUGAAAAAAUAGUAUCGGUUUUGUAUAUUCAAACAUUAAAAACUUGAUAUUAUUUUGAUUUUUAACCUAAGUGUUUUAACAAAAGUAAUGUGGAAGGAAAUGUAUUUUUUUAAGGUUAGGUUUGAAGAUGGCUCUCGUUUUACUUUAUAUUUUGACCGUAGAGGGAAAUUCACGUAUAUUGGUAACUAUUAACUUUUCAAUGGAAUGAACGCAUUUGUUGUCUACGCAUUCCUUGUUUUUGAGAGCCAAAACAAAAAUCAAAACCAAAUUCCCACAGGAAAUAAUCGACAGGUUAAUUCUGACAGGCUUUCGUAACCGUCGUCCAUUAUUUGUAUGUUCUGUUGUACUGGGCAUCUUCAGAAAUUAGAAUCAGUCGAAAAAACAAGCAAAUUUUGAAGAUACCAAGCAUACAAUUUGGUGAAACGUUAGAUAGCAACAGUUAUUUGUCCAUUUCUCUUAAGCUUUUGAUUUUGAAAAUAUUCAUUUCAAUUAAUAAUUUUGAAUACGUUUCGAACUCCAGAUCGAUAACUCUUUGAUGUGCGUGAAAUAUCUAUGUGAAUGAUUUUUUUUUCAAAAUCAUUGGAAACAAAAAUAAGUAAUAAAAAAAUAAUUACGACCGGUAGAUAAUGGGACUAAUUAGUUUAUGGGAUACUCGAAGGUCGAUAAUGAUUAGUACAUGCUGUAAUUUGAUGCAAUAAGUUUCUUGUUGAAAAACAAACAACAAACUUUAAACAAGUCAAAAAGUCUUCGCGAGAAAAUAAAAAAAGAAAAAUAUCAAUAAUUUCAUUUAUUUAAUAAUUUUGUCUCAUCAAUUCUUGAUAAUUAUUAUAAUAGUUGGUUUAUGAAAUAAAAAUUGAUCUUAUAAAUAUGAUUUGACGUCCAUUGACGCCGAUUGACGACUAGUAUGGUUUGAGGUUGAUCGAUGUUUAUUGCACGGUCUUGUCGAUGUCGAUUCACGCCAAUUCAUGUCAUUUGAGAUUAUUUCGCUGAAGGGAUCACAUUUUGGUGGUGCUGUACUGACAAACGUACUGUUUGUUUUUGUAAAAAAUAUAUCUGGUUUUUAAAUAACUAGUUUUUUUCUCGUGAGGAAAACCACGUGUGACGAAAAACAUAUUUCUCGUUAAAUUGAAAAAAUCUCCGACUGAGUGAUAUAAAUUGUUGCAAGAGGCCUAUGGGGCCUAUUCUCUAUCUCGUGAGCUUGUUUUUGAGCGGUGUAAGUGCUUUAGUGAUGACCAAUAGAGCAAAUCAAAAUUCAAAGCGAUCGUUUUUUUCGAAAUUAACGUUAUCUUGAUAACUGAAUGGGCUCCAGAGGGUCAACUAGACUUACUAUUUGGCGAUACUGCGAUAAAAAGUUAGUAAAAAACGGCCCAACUCGUGGAUUUUGCACCAGGACAACGCACGUGCCCAUAACGCGCUAUCUGUGCUCGAGCACUCGCCGUAUUCACCAGAUUUGGCACCGUGAGACUGUUAUUUGUUUUCGUUGACAAAAUCUGCUUCGAAAAGGAUCCGAUUUGGGUCGAUGGAAACGGUAAAGAAAAAAACGGCAUAGCUCCUAAAGGCCAUCACCAAAGAAGACUUCCAGCACUGCUUUGAUCAAUGGAAAAAACGUAUGGAGAAGUGGGCGGUGUGAGAAGAGGAGUAUAUUGAGGGGGAGCAUUCGAAUGUAGAAUAAUUUUUAUAAUAAAACCCAUUUUUCGUAACUAAUCCCGUUAUUUAAUAGCCAGACCUCGUAUAGGGGCCAAAUAAGUACACUAUACAAAAAUAUGCAUUUCGUAUAAAAAAUAUAAUAUAAAGUACGGAUAUUUUUCCAUAAAUAAAUGUCCCAAUGAAUAAAAAAAUGUUCAAAAAAGUUGAGAAAUCACCUAAAUGUUUGUAGAAAUUUCCCUCUGUAAAUGAUUCACACCAAAUCAUCUUCUUAAUAAAUAUUCACUAUUGUAUAAGAGAAAAAUAUUUUAAUUUGGGAACGAAAUUUCAUUUUACACUCGUAAAUUAGUUUUCAUUCGAUUUGUUAAUUUUUUUACAAAGUCAAAGACAAAAUGAACAAGUUUUUGUAAUUAUUUUUAUUCUUAGUUACUUUAAACAGUGUUGUAUAAAAUUCUUCGCGUUUAAAAACCACAUAUUUUGUCAAAGUCUUACAAAAACUAGAUUUUUUAAUAUAAUUUAAUAUAUUUUAUAAAUUGUUACCUAAAGUAUUUACAGGACGUAUAUAAAAGUGUUGUUAAAUAUCGUAUACAAUAAAGCAAAAGUUAAAAACAACAACCAA